CUCAGAGGUGCAGGAUCCUAGCCUGCUGAUCUGUAUCAAGAUAUGACAGAGCGAAGUCACUGAUGCCUGGAUCUCCAACUGCCAGGGAGCGGGGCAAAUGUUGUCAGUGACGUUGUUGGCCAUCCACCAAGCCAGACAGUCAGCUGAGCAGAAGACGAUGACUCACGUACUUUUGCUGUACUGCUUGGUGUUUCUGCUGCCCACAGAGUCCUGUAAGACGUUAUGUCAGGCCGCCAGCAAAAGCAAGGAGAAGGUGUCUGCCAGGCCACACGGUGUAUGCAAUGGUGUCUGUGAGGAUAAUUCCCACUGCACUCAACCUUGCCCUCCAGACACUCAGGGAAAUAUGGGAUUUUUAUGCAGGAAAAAGAAAUGGUACAAGAUCACUGAUACCUGCCGGACUCUCAAUGCCUUCAACAUCUUUGAGGAGAAUACAUACUCGGCUCCAUCAUUUGCAGGAAGUAUAAGAGUACCUGAAUAUUCUGAAAAGUCUGGGACCAUAACAGAUAUGCUGCUGCAAAAGUGUCCACGAGAUUUGUCUUGUGUCGUUACAAAUAUCCAGCAGUCUCCGCGGAUACCAGGAAACAUCGCCGUCAUUGUGGAACUCCUGCACAACAUAUCAACAGCGCUCCUGACAGAUGUGGAUGAGGCAAAGAUGCAGAGUUACAGCAUCAUGGCCAACCACAUUCUUAACAGCAAAAGCAUUUCAAACUGGACCUUCAUUCCUGAUAGAAACAGCAGCUGCGUCCUGCUACGCUCAGUCAAUUCCUUUGCAAGAAAGCUAUUCAUAAAUAAACAUUCCAUUGACAUUUCCAAUGUGUUCAUUCAUACCAUGGGCACCACCAUAUCUGGAGACGACACUGGAAAAAAUUUCACGUUUUCAAUGAGAGUUAAUGAUACCAACAGUGAAGUCAUCGGGAGGGUCCUGGUCAGUAGAGAUGAGCUCCGGAAGGUGCCUUCCCCUUCCCAGGUCAUCAGUAUCGCAUUUCCUACCCUCGGGGCCAUUCUGGAAGCCAGUCUUAUGGAAAAUGUUACCGUGAAUGGGCUUGUCCUGUCUGUCAUUUUGCCCAAGGAACUUAAAAGAAUCUCACUGAUUUUUGAAAAGAUCAGCAAAUCAGAGGAGAGAAGGACGCAGUGUGUUGGCUGGCACUCCUUGGAGAGCAGAUGGGACCAGCAGGCCUGUGAAAUGAUUCAAGAAAACCCCCAGCAAGCUGUUUGCAAAUGUAGGCCAAGCAAAUUGUUUACCUCGUUCUCCAUUCUUAUGUCACCCCACAUCUUGGAGAGCCCAAUCCUGAUCUACAUUACAUACGUAGGCCUGGGCGUUUCUAUCUGCAGCUUGAUCCUUUGCUUGUCCAUUGAGGCCAUAGUUUGGGGCCAAGUGACAAAGACGGAGAUCUCAUAUUUACGCCACGUGUGCAUUAUCAAUGUUGCUGCCACCUUGCUGGUGGCCGACGUGUGGUUCAUUGUGGCUUCCUUCCUCAGUGGUCCAGUGACACAUCACAAUGGAUGUGUGGCAGCCACGUUUUUUGUUCAUUACUUUUACCUUGCUGUGUUUUUCUGGAUGCUCGCCAAGGCACUGCUUAUCCUUUACGGAAUCCUGAUUGUUUUCCAUACAUUGCCCAACUCAGUCCUGGUGGCGUCUCUCUUUUCAGUGGGUUACGGAUGCCCCUUGGUCAUUGCUGUUAUCACAGUUGCUGUCACUGAGCCUGGCAGAGGCUACCUACGCCCUGAGGCCUGCUGGCUCAAUUGGGACAUCACCAAAGCCCUCCUGGCCUUUGUUGUCCCAGCGCUGGCCAUUGUGGUAGUAAACCUGAUCACAGUCACGCUGGUGAUUGUCAAGACCCAGCGAGCUGCCAUCGGCAGUUCCAUGUUCCAGGAAGUGAGAGCCAUCGUAAGAACCAGUAAGAACAUCGCCAUCCUCACACCGCUGCUGGGACUGACCUGGGGAUUCGGGAUAGCCACGGUCAUCGACAGUAGCUCCCUGGCCUUCCACAUUACCUUCUCCUUGCUCAAUGCAUUUCAGGGCUUCUUCAUCCUGGUUUUUGGAACAAUCCUGGAUCCGAAGAUAAGAGAAGCCUUGAAGGAACAAGUAACCUCUGCAAAGUGGAUCUCCAGAAUAUCCGAGAACCUUUCUUCUGAAUACUCUUGUCACCCCACCAAAGGGCCAAGCUAACACCCCAGGACACAUCCCUAACUUGGAAGGUCAUGUAUUCCGGAAGGGCAGAGCCCAGAGGAGGAACGUGCUCAUUCCUGUCUUCUUGCUUCUGGAGAGUCUGAGGAAGUCGCACAGGCUGCGGUGCUGACGAAAGAGGGUGUGGAGCACAGAAGGACGGCAGGGCCGUCUGUCUAAGCUGUUCUGUGUUACCGGACACUUCUCCUCUGCAUAUGCUGGACUUUCACAAGGAACCAAAGAGAAAGUGGGCCAUGAUCAUGGUUUUGCCGGGUCCCCCAGCUCUGUACUACCAGGUCACAUUUAUCCUCAGGGAGACAGCUCUGGCUCAACCUGGCAAAGGUGGCUUGGGAUGUCACCUGGGUGGAUUCUGUGGGCUGCUGAGGGAGGGGUCCUCAUGAAUAAUGAUUAGCAGUUGGGGUGACUCUAAGUAGGUCAUUGCUGUGUUUUUUUUUUUUUUACAAAAGGAAUCUAAUGACGGUAUAUCCUACUCCUUCAAAUUGAAAUUAAUGUGAUGGUCAGCCUGGUUUGGGUUUAGAUGCAACUGCUUUGAGCCAAGUGAAAAGCACAGAGGUUUGAACAAGAGAAGAUGCCCAUUUUAAAUUAAGGGACCGAAGGGUGCCACUGUGAGCUGCAGCUAAUCAAAGAUGGAAGCCCAGGUGUAAACCCAACUCUGCUGGCUCCCGGCCCUGGACUUUGUCUUCAAGACCACUGACAGGCUUUCUGUGUACACUGACGAUGUUAAGAUUAACCCUCAAUGGCAAUAUGUGUUUUUGAAACCUGAGAUGGGGAAGGGAAAAUAUCAUAUUUCAAACACACAGCUGCUUAUUUUCUUAAGCUCGUAUGUAAACAAAUUCAGCAUUCAAACCAGGAGUCUUUUGAUAGGAGAUAGUACUGUAGGUAGAAGCCCUUUGGGGUAGGGAAAAAAGAAACCCCUUUACAAAGCACGCAUAGGGUGGCACCUGUGGCUCAGUGAGUAGGGUGCUGGCCCCAUAUAUGGGAGGUGGCGGGUUCCAACCCAGCCCCGGACAAAAACUGCAAAAAAAUAAAAAAAUAAAAAAAUACAAAGCAAGCAUGCCUGCAGAUGCAACAGAAGAAAACUAGUGGGUUAAGGUAGGGGGUGAUGGGAGGCUCCUAAUUAUCCUUUCAUGAAGCCAGUAUUAAUGACCCUGCCUCACAAGUGGGAAAGGGAGGCUCACUUUGUGGGUGAGUGGGAUCUCUCACUUUCUCUUUUUUUGCUAUAAAUAAUUUUUCUCCAAGUAGAGAAGUUUGAGAAGGCAAAAACACAAUAAAGAGAUCAACCAGAAGGUAGAAAAAAUGCACCAACCUGGAGAAAGAGUCACCUUUCAAGAGGCAUUGCUUAUUUUGGGACAGUAGCAUCUUUCUUAGAUGAAGUCAGAAAUUGGCUUUCAUUUGCCAUGUCCCGGUGCACCUGUAGGGUCUCUUCCUGAGAAGGGGCUAGAAUAGGCAUGGUCCUGGUUUUGCUCUGCAUAGAGAUUUAGGUACAAAGAAAUGCCGCUUACCCAGCUUCAAUAUAUGGAAGUGAAGACAGAACGUUGUGAAGCUAAAUAGUUAUAGGAUUGUAAAUCUGGAUAAUCUAGUUUAGGAAAGACAAAGCCAAUUGCCUCAAUUUACAGAUAAGAACUCUGAGCACAGGGAGAGGGAGGGAGGGAGGGAGGGAGUGGCUGUGAUGAGCAGUCCCAUCAGGUAUGAAAGUGCUCUCCCUCUCUCCCCGGAUGUGCUGGCUUCAUAGGACAGGGAGGUCGGAAAAACACUCCAUCUUGGGCUCAUCUUUAAGCAAGAAAGGCCAUCAAUGUUGACAGAGAAACUCUGGAAGAAACUGUGAUCUCUUUCCUAUAUCUCACUGUGCACCAUUUUCCAUCUUGAAAGAUGUGACUGUGGACGACCCCGGGUGGAACACAUCUAGUGUCCUGCCCACACCUCACCGAGGAAGGGACUUGGUCAGGUGACCCACGGAGAAAUUGGCAAAAACAUUGUCUAAGGCAGAUUUGUGGCUAAAACACUUAAUACAUGGAGAUUUUGGAGAAAAGUCAUUAAAGUUUCUUUAGUUUAGUUUCCUCAUCUAUACACUGACAGUCAUAGAGCCUACCUCAUAGGGUUGUUGUCAAGAUUAAGCGGAUACAUGUAGGUAAAGUAUUUAGAAUAGUACUUGGCAAAUAAUAACUGCUUAUUACAAUACUGUUUUCUAUUAGAGUACCUGGGAAUACAUGCUCCCACACAGACAGACACGAACACAAGUGAUCACAGAGCCAUGGCCCUUUGAGUGAGUUUGGAAGUAGACACACACAUGGGAAUGACAUAGUCCAUGAACCUCUAAAUAAAAGAGUUAUAUAUUUGAUUUGGUGCGUUCAACAUUAGGGGUGUUUUUCACAAAACUGCUGAGCUUACCAUUAAAUGAGCCUUUUAAUUCAAGGUUACGCUGGUCACAAUACACAGUUCCUUGCCUGCCUCAUAACUCACUGCUCACUGUGUCUGAUCUCUGCUUCACUUUCCUCCGUCUUCUCUAAGAAGUCUCCCCCGAUUGGUCCAACCAGAAGAGCUGAUUCUACCUGCUUGAAUUCCUAUGUUUAUAAUCUGUGUCAUCCACUGUACAGUAGUAUUUACUGUAUAAUAUUGUUUAUUUACCUGGUCUGAUUGUGUGCAUGUAUAUUUUUUCCCAGACAAGAUUAUAAACCUUUAGGAACAUGAUUCCUUGUAUCAUUCACUACAUUGCUCACUUUUGUAUGCCCAUAGGGCAGAGGAGGGUGCCUUGUAUAUAGAAUAUGUUCAGUAAAUAUAUGUUCAAUAAAGUCCUUUGAUUCCA